AUGAGCGAUUCAAGGCAACCCAGGCCCUCGGCCUCCGAGCCGACCGCCUCGAGGGAUCCCACGAAUUAUCAAGCAUCAGAUGAUGCGCUAUCGGCUUCAAAGUCCCUCAGAGCCCUCGUCGCACAUUUGACCGCUCCACCUCCGGUCCCCCGCCUGCCUCCGGUCUCGGACUCGCCGAACGUCACCUUCACCUAUACUCCGGGCUUCCCUAACUUUGGUCCGCAGCAAAAAGCCAUUGGUAUCUUAGCACAAACAAGAGAGGACAACCUGGCUUCUGCGUGCAGGACCUUCCCCUCUUUAUCCGCUUUCGAUCCUGCUCGCAUAAGCUUUGAUGUGCGCCUGUACGACAACUCCGACCGCGCAGAAUGGGUCAGAGUCAUGGAUAAGGCGUGGAAAUCGCUGGCUCAGCGUGAGGGAUUGAGGGUACGCGUGGUAGUGGAGGAAUCGCCGGAGGAUCGAGCUUUGUGCGAAGCCCAUGAUCGACAGGUCCUUGGAACGAUAGUCGGUGUAAUUAUUGGGUCCACGGCACUAGGGCCCGUAGUGCUUGCGGCGAUGAACCGGAAAUAA